GCAAUGUUUUGUUGACCAUUAUUAUUAGUCACCUAUGCCGCCUAGCAAUUUCUUGUUGUCUUUUAAUUGGCUAGCGAUAUGAAACUCGAUACUUAGAUACUUAAUUCCAUUAAUAAGUAUUUUAGCAUUUCCCUUUUUGUUUUUGGAUAAUAGAAGUUUCAAUUAGAGGGUUGGUCUGCCUGUGCCAACCAACUCUACCGAAUUCAAUCAAUGCAUGCAGGGAUUGCACAGAUUGAAAAUGCGACGUGGCUCAUAAUUAACGACAACGACACGCAUUUAAUUCACCCCAACGGCCCUCUUUACUAAGCUCUUCACUUUCAUCCGAAAUAAACAAUCACAAUCCCCUAGAAAUCAUCGAAGAUGUCGCACCCCAUAUCAGAGGCCAACGACACCAGCCCUUUUGGCUCAUCCACGCCUGAAGACUUCUACGCUCACCACUCCGUGGCCCACGAUUCACACUACAUUACCAACUCUCGUGGCCUCAAGCUCUUCACACAGUGGUGGACCCCACUCCCCCCUACACCCAUCACUGGAGUUCUCGCUGUCGUCCAUGGCUUCACCGGCGAGUCCAGCUGGUUCGUUCAGCUCACUUCCAUAUUCUUCGCCAAGGCUGGCUUUGCCGUUUGUGCCAUCGAUCACCAGGGCCACGGAUUCUCUGAUGGUCUCAUCGCUCACAUUCCAGACAUCAACCCCGUAGUCGACGAUUGCAUCGACUUCUUCGACGAGUUCCGAUCCCGCCACUCCCCUUCACUUCCGGCUUUCCUCUACGCCGAGUCACUCGGCGGCGCCAUCGCUCUUCUCAUUUCUCUCCGUCGUCCAGGAUCCUGGGACGGGGUCAUACUUAACGGCGCCAUGUGCGGUAUAAGCGCCAAGUUCAAACCGCCGUGGCCGUUAGAGCACCUGCUCUUCCUCGUCGCCGCCGUCAUCCCAACGUGGCGUAUUGUUCCCACGCGCGGGUCGAUUCCGGACGUGUCUUUCAAGGAGGAGUGGAAGCGGCGGCUGGCUCUUGCGAGUCCGCGGCGACCUACGGCGAGGCCGAGGGCAGCGACGGCGCUGGAGCUUCUUAGGGUUUGCAGGGAGCUACAGGGGAGGUUCGAGGAGGUGGAGGUGCCGUUGCUGAUCGUCCACGGCGGAGAAGACGUGGUUUGCGAUCCGGCGUGCGUGGAGGAACUGUAUCGACGCGCCGCCAGCAAGGAUAAGACGAUUCGGAUUCACCCAGGGAUGUGGCACCAGCUUGUUGGGGAGCCCAAGGAGAGUGUUGAUAUGGUGUUCGGUGAAAUGGUUGACUGGCUACGAACCCGUGCCCAACUCGCACGUGUGAGUUGACGUGGUUGCCACGCACGCGCCGCCGCUGGGUGUGGUCUUGAAGGUUAAACACCACAUCUCAAUUGACUCUCUAAUUUUGAAGAAAUCUGGGAUUUGGUGUAAUAAUUUAAUACAAUGAAUAUUCCACUCAUUAUAAAGUAGUGUUAGUUUUUUUAAAAAAUUAAAAAUAAAAAAAUCAUUAAAUAAGACUUUACGCUUAUCUUAUAAUCUUCCAGUAUAAUUUAGUACUAUUUAAUUUGUGUAAAUUAUAUGAAAAUGAAAUAUAAUUAGAGCAACUAAUUUCAUGUCCAAGUCUACAUUGACUAUAUCAACCAAAUUAAUAGGAAAAUGGUACAUCUAUUCCUUAAA